AUGUUCCGUUUUCUCUGCUGUUGCUGCUUCUCAGAGGGAAAUUCAGCCACUGAGAGGCAGCCUCUCCUAAACCCCAGACCAUCUGACCUGGAUGGAUUUGGAUCAGCCAGGCAGACUCAGCCAGCACACAAUGCACAGAUAGUGAAGCGGAUCGGCAGGCUGGUGAUGAGGCGAAUGUGUGUGCCAGACUUAGACCAGAGGUUUUCUGACAUGGCCGAGAUCUUUAACGAACAGCACGAGGGCUAUGAGGCCAUGGUUCGACAUAUCAGCAACCUGCAUCAGAGCUGCGGUUGUCCCCACAAUAAUACUCUGUCUUUAGAUGAAUGUGUGGGGACGAUCCGAGAUGAGCAUGUGACCAGUUAUAGGGUCUCCCUUAAGAUGAAGGGCUACGACUUCACCCUUAAUGUGGUUCCUGUGGGUGAAGGUGAGGAGAAACCAUUGCCUUCACACCUGCAAUUGGCUCAGGAUGAAAUAAAGGGCAUUUAUGAGAGUGCCAAAGUCACCAUCUCAAAGUAUACCACACUUCAAGAGUUAACCGGCUGGCUGCUCCGUAACAAGGAUCAAAUGGCUGAGCAAGUGAAAGGUGCUGCACUAAAUUACCAGGAGCAAGGAAGACUGAAUGAGAACCUGGAGGAGAACCUGAAGGAAGUUAGCAGGGCGAAGGAGUUGUCGCUGGGAUACAAACAACGUGCUGGGGAAGUCCUCACUGAUGCUGCACAGAUAGCAGGGGCUUAUUUGUAGUUCAUUCACAUGUUAGAUUCUCAAUUUCAAUCCACCAACUACAACACAGGAGUAAUAUCUUCACAGAGUUUAUACACAAUUAUAUGUAUACACAGAAUAUCAUACACGUGUCAAGUAUACUCUCUGGUUUGCCAGCUAUUGCAGCCUCUUGUUUAAUAAUAUCCUCAAUUAUAUCUUUGUGUUAAUUUUUUUUAAAUUAUUGUCGAAAAUAUUGCAGAUACUCAUUACACUUGCAAAGACAUUAUUUUCCUGGAUGGGUGUAAUCUUGCCAGCUAACAGUAGGGGGCAUUGCAGACUUACUUGACUAUUCUAGCAGUUGCCUUUUUAUUCAUAUUCCUCAGAUUUACAAUAUUUUUCAGAAAGUACACUACAUUAUUAAAGAUUCCAUAAAUUAUAAAAUCAGGUAUCGAAAGAAUGAAUAUGUUACUAUUUUAGAAUUUUGUUAUAUUUGAUUAGACACUUUGCCACAAGAAAAUAUUGCUCUAUUUUCUUCCGUUAUGCAAUAGAAAUCAGGACACAAAAAAGGAGAAAUGGUAAUUGGACUGGAGGUUUGUUGUGAUUGUACUCGUGUUUUUCUAUUCUAACAUUCUCAAGGAGCAGAUUUGCUAAAUGUUAUCCACAAAGCCCAUGGAUUUAUUAGCUGAUUAAAAACCACAGCUUCCCAUCUGCUAUUAUUGUGAAAGCAAACAAACACAUGGCCUUAUGCCAUCUUGAUAAUUCAUUUUGGAAAAAAAUCCAUUGUUCCAGAGGUCACGGUCAAGUGGUCAUGCAUUAUUUAUCAAACAUCCUGCUUUUGUCUUAAACUUUACAUAUUAAUAUGUCCUAAAGUGUGCGAGAUGCAGAAGGUCAUAUCUGAGAAUUCAUCUCUUGAUGGAAAAGUGAAUUGACCACAUUUGAAUAUUUUUUAAAUAAAGGAAAUCUAUAUUAA